AUGGCGCCCCCGGGUGGUCCUCCUCGCCACGUGAGCGGCGCGCCGUCUGCGGCUAGCCAGCACAACUCGACUUACCAAAUUGUUUUGCCAGGCGACCAGGAGUGGAAGCCUGCCUCGCGGAAUCCGUUUGCGCGUAUGUUUGGCGCCGUCGUGCGCCGCAUCCAGGCGUUGAUGGCGCCCGUGGAAGAGACGCCGGCGAUCCACGCCGCAAAGUGCCAGCAGCGGCCGUGUCAGUUGAACCGGUUCGUGCUCUUGGCCACCUACUUUGUCUACGCGCUCCUCACCGCGCGCGUGUACUUUGCCUGGCCGAACUUGUCCAACCUGCUCUUCCGCAACGACGCGUACAUCUGGUUGUGCAGCGACGACGAACCGGACAUGCGGCUUCCAGAGAACGGAGAGCGGCGCUACAAGUGCGAGGCGCAGAACUCGGAAGUCGGGAAGCUCUUUGUCACGUGUCUCGCCUUUGCAUUCUCGUGCUCGCUCGUCGCGGGCAUCCUGCUGGACUUCCUCGGCGCAAAGAUCACCGCCAUGAUCGGCCAGCUGUGCAACUUCCUCUCUUGGCUUCUCCUCGCCUUCGCCGGCGAAGGAUGCGAAACGUACUUCCCAGCCUUCAUCCUCAUGGGCGUCGGCUCAGACGUCGGCUACCUUCCCCUACUCUCGUCGGCCAACUUGUUCCCCGGACACGAAGGGCUGGUUAUCGCGCUGUUGGGGGCAGCCAAAAGCGCCAGCUUCGCCAUGCCGACCAUUUUGGACGUGACGGAAAACGCCGUCGACAACGUGCACCUGAAAGAAGUGUCUCUUGGAUACGCUGUCUUUGGGCCAGGCGUGUGUUUCCUGUUGGCGAUCUUUCUAGUUCCUCUCCAAGUGUUCAAACCGUGGAACGAGUUUGUGGGUUUGGAGGGCGAAGACCAACCGCACCCGCUCGUGCGCGUGAACGACUCGUUUGCGUCUUACGGAGCGCACGCGUGGCGAGACAGUUUCUCGAGCUUCCAGGAAGUGAAGGACUGGAUCCAUCAACACCACAUCCACACGCCCCUGGAAGAGAUGACGACGGGGACGGUGCACCAUCCGGCGUCUCCUUCGUCGCUCGCGCCGCCGCACCACGUGCCGGCUGUGGUGGGCGGCGGCGUCUCGGGCUCGCUAGCUGGCCCCGCGCCGGCGGCUCAGCAGGCGCGACAGCUCGGCGUACCGCAAGACGCGUUGCCUGCCAAGGACGACGAGCGGAAGUUGGACGAGACCCGCGCAGGGAAAGACGCGUCCUCGCCCACGUCUUCGGGUGCAAAGACCACGCCUGCGACGCCGCCGCUCGAGAAGAUCGCCUCUGGAGACACGGUCGCCACGACGCAGGUGCUCUCGGUCGCGCCGAGCACGGAGCCGGAGAGGGAGACAAAGGAGACAAGCGCCCUGUCGUCUUCGCAGCUGCUGGCCACCUCGCUCCCGCCGAUCGCGGCUAGCCGGGCGGGCAGUGUGUUUGGAGCCUCGGAUGCCGACGUUGUGCACUCGCGAGCGUCUUUCUCAGGGGCCCUCGGUAGCGCCGGCGAGGAGGAGAAACCCGCCAAGUUCUGGUCCCAAGUCUUCUCCAAAUACGCCUUCGGCAUCAUCGUGUACAGUGUCCUGAAAGCCAUCAUGUACGCCUUCUUCACCACCGGCGGCGAAAACCUGCUCGGGAAGCAGGUCAACGACUUCAUGGGUGCCGCGCUUCCAUUUUCCUGCCUGCCGUGCUUGGUUUUGGGGAAGGUCGUCGAUACCGUGGGAAUCAUGCCGGCGCUUUUGCUGCUGAACAGCUUCAUCACUCUCGCCUACGGCUUCUCGAUGGUUGGCAACACGGGCACGGCGUACAUGGCGGCUCUGUUGUACAUUUGCUACGUCUCGUUUUAUUCUUCUCAGAGCUACUGCUACGUUUCCGACACCUUUUCCUCGUGCCACUUUGGCAAGCUGGUGGGGAUUAUCCACAUGAUCGCAGGUUUCCUCUCGCUGCUCAAGAUUCCCAUGCAGUCGCUCGUCGUCCACGUCUUCCACUCGGAGUACUUGUAUCCGUGCCUCAUUAUGCUGGGCUUCUGCCUGUGCAACUUCUUCAUUCUCUUUUGGCUGGUUUACUUGAAGCGCAAAGACCCUCACCCCUUCUGGUCCAAGUCGGCGCGCGACGCCGUCAAGAAGGAGCAGGAGCGACAGGACGCAAUCAAGCAGGAGAGAAGGGAGAAGCAAAGGCGGGAGAAGGAGGCGAGGAGACACAGGGGCGAGGGACAGGUCGAAGCUACCGAGAUGGCGUAG